UGAGCGAGUGACGUGUUAUCUCCGCCGAUGGUGGGGUGGAGGGCGGAGGUAAAUACGCGUGUGGGUUGACGUCAUGUCAUCUGUAUUAGCUUUGUAAGGAGACGCGGCAGCGGCUAUGGGUGGCGUUGCUCGGCGCGCCGCUGGCUCGGCGCUUCUUGGCCUCGCUCUCUACCUCGCCGUCUCCCUCUGCAGGAGCUUCAACGAUCCCGGGACGUCGCGCGCCGCCUGGGCCGAUCAGAAGUGGUCUCACCGGGCUAGCAGUCUUAACAGCAAGCAGCUGAGACGCAUCGCGUCCCUGACCAACGUGGAGCGCAUGUGGCACCACGAGCUGCAACCCAUGCUGAGGGAGCGGGUCCCAGGAUCUCCUGGGAGCAAGGCUGUCCAAGAGCACAUCACGGGGCGGUUGAAGUUGCUGGACGCCGGCUGGAACAUUGAGACGGACUCCUUCAGGGAAAGAACGCCGCAGGGAACGAAACAGUUCAGCAACAUCAUCGCCACUCUCGAUCCAAAGGCCAAGCGACGGCUGGUCUUCGCUUGCCAUUACGACUCGAAAUAUUUCCCGACAAGCGAUGACGGGAGAGUUUUCAUCGGCGCCACGGAUUCCGCGGUGCCCUGCGCAAUGCUCCUGGACAUGGCCUACAGCCUCGACAGCUACCUUAAUAAAACGAAAGAAAGCGAGGGGCCGACUCGCGCGGAUGUCACGCUGCAGUUGAUCUUCUUCGACGGAGAGGAGGCCUUCCACGAGUGGACGCAAACCGAUUCGCUCUACGGAUCCCGGCAUCUGGCGAAAAAAAUGACGCGGGUUGGCCAUCCGGCCGGAGACCCAGACACCACGCAGAUUCACGCCAUCGACAUGUUUGUGCUGCUGGACCUCAUUGGUGCCGUGAAUCCCGUUUUCGUGAGCCACUUUGAAAAUACGGAAUAUUGGUUCAAGAGGCUGAUGUCCAUCGAGCGACGCUUGCACAGUCUCGGACAUCUUGAGGACCAUCCGUAUGAGCUUCAGUAUUUUCACAACCACCACAAGUCUUGGCCUGUCCAAGAUGACCACCUGCCGUUUCUGCAGCAUGGUGUUCCUGUGCUGCAUCUCAUAUCCACUCCCUUCCCGCACGUUUGGCACACGCUGGACGACAACGAGGAAAACCUUCACCGUCCCACAAUCGACAACCUCAACAAAAUCCUGCACGUGUUUGUAACCGAGUACCUGAAGUUCUUGUAAUUUACUUUUCAUAACGUCGACCAACAGCGCGGUUGUGUUUGUGUAUAAUCAUCCAUUGUGGACAUUCCAAAAAGUAAAUGUGUGGUCCAUUUUAAUUGCAAAUCGAUAUUUUUUAUGACUUUAAAUGUCAUGCAUGGCAGCGUAUAUAUCUAAGCGUGUUGUUGUGCGCACUUAAUAAUUCCAAUGUAAUCUUCACGCUUUGCCGUGAUCGUACUGUGCACUUAAUUGGCCGUUGCACAUUCUUGCUGGAAAUGUUUUAUUUUGUCAACGAUGGGUACUGUCAGUAAAGUUUUUUUCUUACGGCGUCGCGCA